CAAUCUGUUAGCUGCCACCCAUCCUCAAACCACCUCCAGGCACCAACACAGGGCAUUCACCACCUUCACUGGUUCCAAUUUAAAUGAGAAGAAGAGCUGGGUAUCACCCACAUACUGGUGAUCACCCAGCCCCAAACCCCUGAUGAUCUCUCCCAUCAGCUUCAUAUAAAUCUUAAAAAGCAUGGGGGAGAGGAUGGAGUCUUGAGGCUCCCCACAAGUGAGAGCCCAGGGGUCUGAACACUCAUCCCCCAACACCACUUUCUGGACAUGGCCCAGGAGGAAGGAGGGGAACCACUGCACAGCAGUUCCCCCAUCUCCCCUAGAGGGUCCAGAAGGAUACCAUGGCCAAAGGUUUCCAAAGCCACUGAGAGGUCUAGCAGAAACAGGAAACAGCUUCCCCCUCAGACUCUAGACCAUUUGGAGAUCAUCAAUCACAGCAACCAGGGCAGUGUGAGUUCCAUGAUGAGGCCUGAAUCCCAAUUGGAAGGUUAAUGGUUGCAGAAGCUUUCCUGGUCCUGCACCCCCAAAAGAUCCAGGCACAAGACUUUUGUAAGUUUUCAAGGGGCCACCUGAUACAUGGUGGUCUUUUCUUCACAAACAAAUAUUUUGAAUACUUUUACAGUGCCAUAUGAUGUAAGUAGCGUUUCUGUUUCCCUUGCUCCACAUCGGAGAGACUUUGAUACACAGGUCUGAGCUGAUUUCUCCACCUGAAACUGCUGUGUUAGCAGCAAUGGCAGCCUGGGCAGUGUGUUUCGGGGUCCUGGGUUGCCUAGACAACAAGACCCCCUUCUCAGCAGUUAGGCACCAGCUUGGCUGCAGGAGUUGCUGGCAGGAGGUGUGCAGGGCACUAUCCAAACAUCUUAGAGACUCCACUCAAGAUUUGUGUAAGGUUUUCCUCUAUAGCCUUUUCUUCUCCUGAAGAUAAGUCACGAGGCAGUGAAGGUUUAGGACCAGAGUUUUCCUUCUUGAUGGGCUUCCUUGCCCGGUUGACGAGCCCCAUCUGCCCUUCACUUUCCUCUGCAGGAUGGGCAGAAUCUGCCUUCUUGACUGUGGGAUUCACUGUUCUUCUCAUCCUCUCCUUCCACCAGGUCCUGCCUUCACCGGCAGCAGAAUUCCCCAACCCACCAAGGAUUUGAGACCCAUCAGGUAUCCUCACCUGGUUUAGCCGGCCGGUUGAAGCCGUUGCUUGAAGCCCUCUUGCAUGCUGACAACUUCUGGAAGCCACAGGUGAGAGCUGAGUGCAGGGUGGGGACCAAUGGUGGAUAGAUUACCCAAGAAGGUGCAUGACAUUUCCCCCACCAAAGGUACCGCCUCUCCUCUAACACCCCAAGACAUCCUAUAAUUAUGAUACUUAAGACAAAUGAGGAAUAAAUUCUUGUCUCCAGAGAUAACACAACUUCAGACCAUCAAUGAAUCAAUACCAUAUAUUCAAGGCUGAAGUAUCCACUAAGUACAGUUAUUUCUUUGCCUUUAAUAUCCAGGUUUUUCAGUGCCAGAUUAGGAUAGUCCUGCGUCAGAAGAGGGGCACGAGAUCAGGCAGCACGUCAUCAUUAAAAAGAACGAUUAGGGUGGGUGUUUCCGUCUGGGAUUCCCAUUUGCCAGCUGCUUUCCUUCCGCUUCUCCUGCUCUCUCCAUGCGAUGUGAGGCAUGUAGACAGAGGUCCAUCUCCAAGAACAGGAGCUUCCCUGAGCACCCAUUCAGCUGACGCCAAGCACCAAGCCUUGUCACUAAUUCUCUGACUGACCCAGGCCACAGUCCCUGGAAAAGAUGUAGACCUGGGUCUCACAUAAUCGUCCGUAUGGACCUCCUGAGGCCAAUGGGACUGUGCAGGUGAUUCAUUAAGAGAUUGAGGUGGAUGGGGGCUUCCGGUUGAGCUGCGAUCAGGGAAGAAGCGCGAGGCAACCCUCAGGGGGGUCUCGAGCAGUGCGGGGGCUUUAGAGGACCUCCAUACCCUGAGAGGAGUAUCUUGGGGGGCAGAGUACCUGGCAGAGCCUGGACGUUCUCUCCUGUUUCACAGGCUUUAAAGCUAAACUGAAGCUUGGGGACGGGAUUGAGCUGCAGGCACCGAGGGGAAGCAGCAGACCCCACGCUGUGCAGUCUCAAGCUUCGACUGAAAGCGGCCAGCUUCCAAACAAAGAAAACAAAUCUGGACUAAAACUAAAGCAGUUAUUAUCUGCGGAUUUUACAAAAGAAAAUUAACAAGAUUCGGAGUGCUGAGGGCGAAAAAAGGGAGUCCGUCCCAGCGGUAAGGAGAAAAUGGCGUCUGGCGGAAGACUGAGAGAGGACUGAAAGUAAGAAAGCAGCCGCCAAGUGAGGUUCGCAGAAAAUCCUUGGUUACUAUGUUCCGAGGUAACGAUUUGUGGGGAAACAACAGAGAGGCAUAGAAGGGGAGGCAAAACUUCUUUGUAUCGUCUUGGUUGAAGCGUCCUGUGCCAGUGGUCGGAGAGUGAGCUUAAAAUGCCCACCAGUGAACACCCGUGAACUCUGCUUUUUUCCUGCUGUUUGUAAAGAGGUUGGGCAGAAGUCUAUGUUGGAGUCACAGUCGGUACGUUUGCAGGAGCAAGAAAGAAGAGACUUGGGGAUUGCUGUGAAUUGCUGUGAAUAUCUGCUGAAGUUCUAUCUGAGCCUCUCCUUUGCUUUUUCGCCCUCUAUGUGGGGGAGGAGAUAAACGGUACGCUUUAUAAUGCUUGAUUAUCGGUCUUGAGUGGAGAAUUUAUGGAUUAAGCUGAUAAGGAACCGGAAAAAGAAGAUUUUGUAUUUGGAGUACAACACGAAGAAUAAGUCUUUGACUUUUAUUUUUAUCUUUACUUCUUACUCCUGUUUUCCCCCCUCUCCCCCCUCUUCUUCUUUCCUGAUCUUUUCCCCUCCCUUUCCUUACUCUAUCGCCCCUCGUGUAUCCCUUCCCCCACCCUUAUUCCCCCCCUUCUCUCUUUUUUAUCUGCUCUCCCUCCCUCCCUCCCUUUCUGCUCUCUCCGUGUUUUGGAGGUUUCAUCCCCUUCUUUACUUUUUGUGCCUUUCUUCCUGACACUCUAUGGCAGUCUCCCAGUCUAGUCCUCCAGCCACGUGAAAGGGGAAAUUCCAUUUGAAGGACAAAGAAAUGGAAAGUAACUUUACUUAAGGAAGGAUUUUUAUUGAAUUUACAGGAACUGCUGCCACUGUGUGGGGAAAGAGGGGAACUGCAAUUGGGAAAUUUGAAAAACAGUAUACAUUAAUUUGCGACCCCUAGGGGUGGAAAUUAGAAUAACAUUAGUAAAUAAAUAUCUGAUUAAGCAAUUGUGACAGAAUGAAGAAAAGAUUGGGAACACCAGGAGAAAGAAGACCAUCUAGACAGGAGAAUGGCAAGAAUGGGAAAGAGAUAAAGGACUAUGAUGCGUUGAUGGUUGAAAUAAGAAAGGAGUUUAAACAAAAUGAACAAUAUAUUGAGAAAAAAUUGUUAGAAGUUCAGGAUACAUUAGAUAAGAAACUGGAGGGGGUGGUGGGAGAACUGACAGGUAAAGUAAAGGACUUAACGGUAAGAUCUAAAGUGUUGGAAGAGUCAAUGAAAAGGGCUCAGAAAGAUCUAAAGGAAAGUAAAAAGGAGACAGAUAGGAUCAGAGGAGAAAUAAAGGACAUAAGUAAAACACAAGAAGAACUACUGGAUAAUAUGUCAAUGCUAGAAAUGAGGCAGAAACAGUUGAAUUUGAAAUUCAGAGGUAUUCCUGAGGGGAUAAACGAAAAUAUAAGAGCUAAAUUAAUUAAAGAAUUAGCAAACUGGCUAGACAUGAGGAAAGAGGAGAUAGGCUAUACAAUAGCAAAUGCAUUUCGAAUAAAGGUAAAAUCUGCCAGAGCAAGAGGGAAGAAAUUGCUGGGGGAUGUACCGGUUAUGUUCAACCUUAUGGACAUGAGGAAUGAGAUACUGAGAUUAAAUUAUAAUAAAAACGUAUGCAUUGAUGGGAAGGCAAUUAUUGUAUUCAAGGAGGUUCCAGCCAGAUUUCUUUUUCUUUUUUUUUUUUUUUAAUAAUUUUUAUUAAAGUUUU